UUUCAAAUAACCUGAAAAUAUAACCUACGUCGGAAAAAAAUAACAGGAAUAUAUCAUACGUAGAAGGUCGAAUGUCUGAAAUUUCACACGAAACGUAGAAUUGAAAACAGUCUUUGGUCGCGUUGCUGUUUGUUUCUUUCCGUUGUAACCAAAAAUCUGAGCUGAAAUAAAUAUCAGCAUAUGAAUGCGUCGAUCGUGUAUACGUGUGCGUGUUCUGCACGGCAAGAUCGAUUUUGCAAAUUAUAGACACACACACAAUAUAUGUAUAUAUAUAUAUUUAUGAGCAGUGGAAUCCAAGUGUCAAAACGUGUGUGAAAAGACUGAAAAGUUUAGUCACUUUUGCGUUCGUAGUUAUGAGUUGGAAUUUUGAGUAAAACAAUUUUGACGCAACGGGAUCAAACGAGAAUACGUACGAAUUGAGGACCUUCUUUAUUUUAUCGGAAACUUUGAGUUUUCAAGAAAUUAUAAAAAUGCAGAGUGUUAUUAAUUCGGUUAAAGGAACGGCGCUUGGUGUCGCCGAAUAUUUAACCCCUGUACUCAAGGAAAGCAAAUUUCGUGAAACUGGUGUUCUGACACCUGAGGAAUUUGUUGCUGCCGGUGAUCACCUAGUCCACCAUUGUCCAACCUGGCAGUGGGCCACCGGAGAUGAGGAUAGAACCAAGUCUUACUUACCUAAAAAGAAACAAUUUUUGCUCACAAGGAACGUACCUUGUAGUCGCAGAUGCAAGCAGAUUGAAUACUGCGACGAACAAGAGCGUAUAAUCGAAGCUGAUGAUCCUGAGGGUGGUUGGGUGGAUACCCAUCACUAUGACUCAUCAGUUGGUGGAGUAGAUGAAAAAGUUUCAGAAAUGACCCUGGAUGAAGCACAAUCCUCGCCAACUUCAGCAGAUGGGGAUGACGAUGAUGAGGAUGAAGAUGAGGAAGCCGCAGAUAUGGAGGCUUUUGAGGUCAGCGGUAUGCUCGACGAACAAGAUAAAUAUGCUGCUGAAACGGGCAAAAAACCAUCGAAGGAAAAGCGCGAAUUUCCUGAAGGCGAAAUCAUCCAUACGCGAACUUACGAUUUGCAUAUUACUUACGACAAAUAUUAUCAAACUCCAAGAUUGUGGUUAUACGGAUAUGACGAGAAACAAAAACAUCUGACUGUUGAGGAAAUGUACGAAGACGUCAGUCAGGAUCAUGCCAAAAAGACAGUCACGAUGGAGACUCAUCCACAUUUACCUGGGCCUCCCAUGGCUUCUGUUCAUCCUUGCAGACACGCCGAAGUAAUGAAAAAGAUAAUAGAAACGGUGAUGGAGGGAGGUGGCGAGCUCGGAGUCCACAUGUAUCUAAUAAUAUUUCUCAAAUUCGUACAAUCAGUUAUACCGACUAUAGAGUAUGAUUACACUCAAAAUUUCAUGUUGAGUACGUCCGGUUGAAGGAUGAUGAUGUGCUGAAGAAUCUUUGGUUCUUGUGACUUGAAAAAAAAAAAGUACUAAUUGUUAUCAGUUCGUGCGUACCAAUGUGCAUUUUUCACAGCGAUAAUCGUUUAUCUUUUGAAUUUUGAAGAAGUAAUUUAUUCGGUAAUUGAAUUGUUGAUCGAUGUUGCUCGUUUAUUCUGUGCUCGAAUGGAUAAUCGUUUCUUCGAAGAGUUUCUCAGAGUCUCGGAAUAUAAAAAAGCUAAAAAAAAAAAUAAUAAAAAUAAUAUAUUAAAAAUUCUCGUGAUGGUCGCCGAGUUUAUCAUUAUCAAUGGAAAUAAUUGUACAUUUGGUGAAGCUUGGGACAAAACGUAUUUAGAUGAGAUUAAAGUCGGUGGAGUUCGUAUCGACGUUGGCUUUAAACGAUAGAUAAGCACACUCAAUUCUUUUACGUCCCACAACUGUGCUUACACGCUAAAUGCUCAAAUUUGUCGCCUCUGAAUUAGAAAACAACAAACAAAAAACUCCAUAUUCUCGCUUAUUUCGAAAAAAAAAAACACAUCUGUACGAAUAUUAUUUUAAACUUUUAUACAUGUAAAAUAUUGAUCGUGCAAAAAACGGAAAAUACAAAUGAUGCAUCUCAUAAAA